GACUCCGGGGAUCGGUGACUGGGCCUCCCGGGAGGGGCCGCUGGACGCAGCGCGCAGCGCGUCUUGCUGUUUGGAGCGAGCGUGGCCGCCGGAGCCGGCCAGUGCGGAGGAUGCUGAGGGGCCUGCGGGGAUCGGUGGCUGGGGUCAGAUUCCAGUUUCCAUGAAUUAAUUGGCUUAUUUGAGAUAAAGAAGAAGUCUCAGGACCAAGGAUCCUUGGUGAAGAGAAUCCUGACCAGAGACCUUUGAUUUGAGCAUUAAGAUAGACUCCAGAAGAUACGCAGAGUCCACCAGCACAGAGCAGAGCCUACAGUUACUGGGCAUUUCCCAAGAAUAGCAGAAAAUGACCAAGUCCCAGGGAUCAUUGUCAUUUGAGGAUGUGGCUGUGGACUUCACGCGGGAGGAGUGGCAGCUGCUGGACUCUGCUCAGAAGACUCUGUACAGAAAUGUGAUGUUGGAGAACUUGAGCAGCCUUGUGUCACUAGGGUUUCAACUUAUCAGACCAGAUGUGAUCUUCAGACUGGAGCAGGAGAAGCCACGGGUAAUCAGUGAAGACAUCCCCAGUGAGAGCUUUUCAGAAUACCGGAAAGUUGAUGAUUACAAAGCAUGGCACCAAGAAAUUCAGGACAGGAUUAAAAAAUUGGAACAAGUCCGUGAAAUGAAUGCAAGUGGAAAAAUAUUUCAGUCUGGCAUGAACCUGGCACCUUUAAAGCAAAAGCACAGGAAGCGUGUCUCAAAUGGAAAACAUUUGAAAUGCUCGUUAGAUUUAUUUACUCAGACUGGAAACUGUGGAAGAAAGCAAGCUGGUAAGGUCAAUGGGUAUGAGAAAUCCUGUCUCCGUACUGAACAUGAAAAAACUCAUGUUGGAUUAAAAUACUAUGAAUGUAAUGAAUGUGGAAAAGUCAUCAGCAAGAAGUCACGACUCAUUGUCCAUCAGAGAACACACACAGGAGAGAAACCAUUCAAAUGCAGUGGAUGUGGCAAAGCCUUUUCCCAGAAGUCACACCUUGUUACACAUCAGACAGUUCACACGGGAGAAAAACUUUAUGGAUGUGAGUGUGGGAAGGCCUUCUCUAGAAAGUCACACCUCAUCACACAUCAGAGAACUCACACGGGAGAGAAACCGUAUGAAUGCAGCGACUGUGGGAAAGUGUUCUCUCAGACAUCACAGCUCAUCAUUCAUCAGCGAAGUCACACGGGAGAGAAACCCUAUGCGUGUGGUGAAUGUGGGAAAGCCUUCAGUGGGAAAUCACAACUUAUUACUCAUAAGAGAACCCAUAUAGAUGAAAAGCCCAACAAAUGCAGCGAAUGUGGCAAAGCCUUCAGAGAGAAGUCAAGUCUCAAUAAGCAUCAGAGAAUUCAUUCAGGAGAGAAACCCUAUGGAUGCAGUGAGUGUGGGAAAGCCUUCAGUGGGAAGUCACUGCUCAUUAGACAUCAGAAAACUCAUUCAGGAGAAAAGCCCUAUGGAUGCAAUGAGUGUACAAAAGCCUUUAUUUGGAAGUCACAGCUCAUCAUACACCAGCGGACUCACACAGGAGAGAAGCCCUAUGGGUGUGGCGAAUGCGGGAAAGCCUUCUCCCAGAAGUCACACCUCAUCAUACAUCAGAGAACUCAUAGAACAGAAACCCUAGAAACAGAGUGAAUGUGAGAAACUUUGAAGAAAAUAAUCGCACUUCUCUCUACAUCCUAAAACGCAUUUAUAGAAAUUCUCUGAAGGCCGUGAGUAUAGGAAAGUCAUUGGCAGGAAGUUCUACUUCCUUAAACAUCAGAAUGCCAAACGGGAGAGUGGGCCUAUGUGUGCAGUGAACGUGGCAAAGACUGUAGAGAAAAGCACUCAGCAAAUCGUCUAGUCUCGUUGUAAAUCAAAUUAUUCAUAUUGAGGACAAAAAUAAUGAUUUAAAAGAAUAUAGAAAAACUUUGUCAAUAGAAACGUUAAAAAAAAUCAAUUUCCAACUCUGGUAUUCCAUCUUUCAAAGAAAAAAUUAUUCAGUUUUAAAUGAUAAGCAUAUGAAACCUUAAAGAUAUAUAUGUAUUUGUAUGUAUAUAUAUGUUAGUAAUGAUGACAGCCAAGUAAAAAGCCUGUUGCUUCAGAGGAAUAUAGGGCUUAUAUUCCUGAGUAUGCCUACAUGUUAUAAAUUUAUAUAUUUUCAUAGCACAUGUGAAAUUAAUGUGUGAACAUGGUGUAUUCAUGUUUAUGACACAGGGUCUGUCAAGAGUGCUACACGAUGGAUACGUUUGUUUAUACCAUAACGGUAGAAGAUAAGCUGGACCAAAUGAUGUAAUGUAUUAUUUACAAACACUCUAAGAUAUAUUGCCAGAUAUUUUUGGCACAUGUAAAUGAGUUUGAGAGCUCUUACCUGCUCUGUCUUCAGUAAUAGAAGCUGGACUUUUUCAGUAAAGUCUUCUGCCUCCUCUGCGUCACCAGUUUAUAUACAGAACUGUUGUUCAUAUUAGACAUGCAAAGGCAAGAAUACACAUUAGCAUAUAACUGAGUGAGCAACAGAAAAGCCCUGAAUUGCAUCGCUCAUCAUCUAAAUAUAUGAGAAAUGGGGUUCGUAAAAAUAAAAGACCCACAAAGCAUAUCCUCCUAUUAUGUUUUCAGUGGGAUUUCUGUAUAGAUUAGUUGUACAUAGGUUGAAUAUAAUAGAGCCAAGAAACUAUAUUUUAGGUUAAUAUGUUAAGACAUCAUGUAAUACUGUUCUCUGUGUUAAUCUUUUAAUGUUUUCCUAAAGUACUUUGCAAACAAUUAGAAGAAACUCUAUUUAAAAAAACAAAACAUAUAGUUCUGUAAGGUUACAUGCAGAGACUUUUUGCUAGAAUAGGAUUUUUGAUAAUUUGAUUCAGACAUCUUGUACAGAUGAGGCUUUAGAAAUCAAGUUACUUUAUUGUUUGUAAAAGAAGUCUUUAAUGUACAAGAAACCUUGCAGUGCACAAGGUAUUAUCUUGCUUUUAAAUACGCCAACUUUGUUUAAUUUUUAAAUAAUGUGUCUUGAAAAUGCCAAAACCCUUUCUGGAAUGUUGGUGAAAUUCAGAGGUUUGCAUCACACCCAAAUGUGUGAUUUUCUUGUGUUGCCAACACAAGAAACUUGUCUUUGUUGAAACCAUCUAUUAUGCAUGUUA